AUGGACUUAACUGAAGCCCGUGAAGAACACCCAGAUGGGGCCUUCCGCGAGGCGUGGGUUGCAGAGUUAUACAGCGCUCAGUCAGCAAUAUGCAGCGCUAUAGAGGCAUUAGAAGCCUCAGUGGCAGCAAAGCUGCAGCAGCAGCAGCAGCAGCAACCGCAGCAACAACAGCAGCAGCAGCAGCAGCCUAAGUGCGCGAAACGAUUUGAGAAUACUCAGUGGGUACGGGGCCCAGGGCAAGGAGGAGGCCUAACGCGAGUAAUACAAGACGGCGUUGUCUUUGCAAAAGGCGGGGUUAACGUCAGUGCUGUUGAAGGCUCUCUACCGCUGGCUGCAGCACUUUCAAUGUGUAGAGGUGGAGGCGAGAAGCUGCGUGAACUGCUGCGCGAUCUCUUACCUCCAAAGCCUGCAGCAGCAGCAGCAGCAGCAGCAGCAGGAGGAGGAGCAGCAGCAGCUUCUGGUGGUGGUGGUGCUGCUGGCUGUAAUAGCAGCAAUAGCAGCAAUAACAGCAAUAACAGCAGCAAUAGCAGCAGCAGCAGCAGCAGCAGCAGCAGCGGGUCUGUACAAGAAGGGAGUAGUGGGGCAUACAGCAGCAACAUAAGUUUUUUUGCUGCAGGUCUAUCUUUAGUGCUGCACCCCUGCAAUCCUCAUGCACCUUCAUCGCAUGCAAAUUACAGAUUUUUUCAGCUCUUUUGCGAGGGUAAGAGUAUAUGUUGGUGGUUUGGGGGGGGGGCAGAUUUAUCUCCUGCAUAUAUAAUUGAGAAGGAUUGUAUAGAUUUUCAUCAGGCUCUUAAAGAUAUGUGCGAUAGACAUAAUCCUAUAUACUACCCUCGUUUUAAGCUCUGGGCGGAUGCUUAUUAUAGGCUGCCUCAUAGAGGAGAAGCAAGAGGUAUAGGGGGUAUAUUCUUUGAUUAUUUAAAUGAUGAGUGCAGGGGUAAACUAAAAGAAAUUAAAGAGUUUUGUGUUGAUGGUUUGCAUAGCUUUGCUCCGAUAUAUCUUGAUAUUGUACAAAGACGCUGCUGCAGCAGCUAUACACAGCAGCAACUACGCUGGAUGCUAAUUAGACGAGGACGGUAUAUAGAGUUUAAUUUAAUUUGUGAUAGAGGGACAAAAUUUGGCUUAGCUUUACCCGGAAGUAUUGCUGAAAAUAUAUUAAUGUCGCUACCCCUUGAAGCACGCUGGGAAUACACCCCAGCGCCUCCUUCUCCUUCUUCUUUAGAAGGUAAAACUCUGCAGCUCCUUAUACACCCCAGAGACUGGGUUUCUUUUGAUAAACACCAUCUCAAAGGAUUCGUUGUUCCACAUGAAGAAGACAGACCUCUCGAAACAAAAAAUAAACAUCCUCUUCAAUACUCAUAG